CGUCGAGGGCCGCCCAGCCAUGUUGAGGAGUCUGUCAAGCAAACUGCAGCCCGCCAUUGUGUAGAAACCAGGCUCUGUAGAACGAUAGGGGCGCUUGGCUGAAACCUGUCCAUAGAUAGACGGAUUCUACACCCUGCCGCCUUUAUUUAGGGGAUAAUACAGUUACACAGGCUCCGGGGGGAAAGCAUGUCAGCCAGCAGCUUUCUUGAACAGAGACCGAAAGGCCAAGCUAAUAAAGUGCAAAACGGAGCUGUGACCCAAAAGGAUACUUUGAAUGACGAUGAGUUUGAGCCUUACCUGAACACUCAGGCUAGACAGAGCAAUGCCUAUACGGCCAUGUCGGACUCGUACAUGCCCAGCUACUACAGCCCCUCCAUAGGAUUUUCCUAUUCCCUCAAUGAGGCAGCCUGGUCUACAGGUGGGGACCCUCCUAUGCCUUACCUGGCCUCCUAUGGACAGCUGAGCAAUGGAGAGCCCCAUUAUCUCCCGGAUGCUAUGUUUGGACAGCCAGGCCCUUUGGGGAGCAACCCGUUCCUGGGCCAGCACGGUUUCAACUUCUUUCCCAGCGGCAUCGACUUCUCUGCAUGGGGAAAUAGCAGCUCUCAGGGACAGUCGGGGACGCCGCAGAGCUCUGGCUACAGCAGCAGUUAUGCUUAUGCCCCCAGCUCUCUUGGGGGUGCCAUGAUGGAUGGACAGUCCCCUUUUGCACCUGCAGCCAAUGAGCCUCUUAACAAAGCACCUGGUAUGAACAGCCUUGACCAGGGCAUGGCAGGGCUUAAGAUUGGUGGUGCUGCUCCUGGUGGUAAUGGGGACAUGGCUCCUAAGGUUAUUGGAUCUGGCUUGCCUGGUGGGGGUGCUCUUGGCCCUGUGUCAUCUGUAGGACCUCCUAGCAUGCCUCCUGUCUCAAUCGCCCCUGCCAAACCUGCCUCUUGGGCAGACAUUGCCAGCAAGCCAGCCAAGCCUCAACCCAAGCUCAAAACCAAGGGUGGCAUGGCUGGUGCCAAUUUGCCUCCUCCGCCCAUUAAACACAACAUGGACAUUGGCACUUGGGACAACAAGGGUACCAUGCCUAAAGCUGCCACCCCUCAGCAGGUGCCUCCUAUUCCCAGCAAUGGGCAGCCACCUACCCAGGCGUCCCCACAGCUGGGAGCUACUGCAGCGGGGAACCCACAAAUGCCCCUCAGCAACGGACAGCUCGCACCGCCUGUUGUUCAAAUGGGACAUCAGCAGCUUCCACCAAGUGGGCAGCCAGGUAUGGCUCCAAUGCUUCAGCCUCCCAUGUCCCAGGGUCCUCCUCCUCCCCCAAGCCAACAGCAGCAACCUUCUCAGCCCACUCGUUGGGUCCCUCCACGGAACAGGGCAAAUGGAUUUGGGGAUAGUGGUGGAAGUGGUUCAGGCCAGUCACCACCCACCUCCUCUGGCGUGAGUGUGGUUCCCGGGGUUCCCUCUGAGCCUCACCCCGUCUUGGAGAAGUUGCGUAUGGUCAACAAUUACAACCCCAAGGACUUUGACUGGAAUCCUAAGCAGGGCCGGGUGUUUAUCAUCAAGAGUUACUCAGAGGAUGAUAUUCACCGCUCCAUCAAGUAUAACAUUUGGUGCAGCACGGAGCAUGGAAACAAGAGGCUUGAUGCAGCUUACCGUUCGUUGGGCGCCAAGGGGCCGCUUUACCUUCUGUUCAGUGUCAAUGGGAGUGGUCACUUCUGUGGUGUGGCGGAGAUGCGCUCACCCGUGGACUACAACACAUCUGCUGGUGUGUGGUCACAGGACAAGUGGAAGGGUCGGUUUGACGUGCGCUGGAUCUUUGUUAAGGACGUUCCCAACAGUCAGCUGAGGCACAUUCGACUGGAGAACAACGAAAAUAAACCAGUGACCAACUCUCGGGACACACAGGAGGUACCGCUGGACAAGGCCAGGCAGGUGCUAAAGAUCAUCGCUGGAUAUAAACACACCACUUCCAUCUUUGAUGACUUUUCUCACUACGAGAAGCGUCAGGAGGAGGAAGAGUGUGUGAAAAAGGUGGAGGUCCAAGGCAGCGAGCCAUAUCCCAGCACCCCAAGCAACAGGAGUCAUUACAGGCUUCAGGACCGCCAAGGAAGAGUCAAGUAACAGUCGGUGCUUUGGUCAAAAGACUGCAAUGCCCCUCGCCCCAAAGCCCUGUCCACCCUAUUGCAUCAUUACAUCCAGAUCUCUAAGAAAAUCUAAUAGGGGUGAAGAAUUAACAAAGGACAAAACUAAAUGAAGACUUUCUUGAUUUCUUUUGACUUUAAAGACUUACUUCGAACUUGUAGUAAAAAGAAAAGGAAACGAUUAUUCAUAGGACUGCAACUAAAUAAAUAGCAUCCUUAGGUGAAACAUUUUUUGCCCCACCCCAUUCCACUACAUAUGCUUUUCCCUUGUAUGCUGCUUUGUCCUUUGUUCUUUUUAAAAUGAAAGGUUCAUCCUCUGUUUUUAUGGUCCAAGAGCAAGUCUGUAAUGGUCACACAAGCACAUCUAAUAGGAAUGUGUAGCGUUGGCUUAUUAGUGUCCCAGAGUCAGGAACGGGCGGUUUGUCUCUUUAUUUGUACGCACAGCCCCUAACCACCCCCACCCCCCCUUACUUCGGAGGAUGCUCACAUUUUCAAACAGGACCCAGUGGAGUUUCCUCCUCGUCCGGUGUCUGCUACUCUCACUCCAGAAUCUGUUUUGUACAUGCGCCACGUCUUUGUGUUUGGAGGACUGCAGAUGUUAAAGAAUGGCCCUCUGAUUUGUGUUUGUGUGGUGGAUGGAGUAUGUGGGGAAGGUAGGCUCUGGAGAGGUAGGGAAAGGGGGGGGUACGUUUGUAAGCAGAAGGAAUCCUAAGUUGAUGAGCCUUGCUGUCUAAUUUUAGUCUAAAAUGGGGCCCUCUGUUAACAUUCUGCAUUGGACUUUAUUUACCUUAUUUUCCUCUUGAACAAGUCGACUCAUCGUUGCUAUUGGCUGCUUUCUUUUGUUUGUUUUUUUUUUGCUUCCUCCGUUUUCUUCUAAACACAGUGCGAGUGGCCUUGCCCCCACUCUCUCUAUUAAUCAGUUCAAACGUAAUAAAUGUGGUAUAUUGAGCAGAACUGGUGUGCAUUCCCCUUGUUUGACUGUAAUGAAAUUUUGUUUUUGUAAUGCAGCACUUUCCCCCCCACGUUGGUCUCCAUGUCUUUCUGCUGACCAUGCUCAACCAGUCCACUUCCUGUCCUGACCUCAGUCUACCUGCAUUUCCUACCUCUCUGCUUCGCAAACGCACACUGUCUGCCUCAGUCCCAUCUUCCCACAUCUGAAUGCUCCAUCAACCAUACAUACUAUAUCACAAUUUAGCUUCCACCACUUUCAGAAUGUCAUUGUUGGUGACUUAAAAAAAAGCUGCAAGGUCUCAGAACUACUGGCUUCAUUUGCGGAAUAAUAAAGAGAAUCCACAAAGUCCA